CGCCCGGCCCGGCCCGGCCCGGCCCGGCCCGGCCCAUUGACCUAGGGCCGCGGGAGCUCUGCUGCCUGCAGGCGGCAGCGUCCCCGCGAGCCAGUCCGCGUCUGGGGUUAGAGGAAGAUUCCGUCGCGGCUUCUCUCCUUUUAGUAUUAUUAAUCGAAGCCCAUUAAUUAUUUUUAAAUUUUUUAUUUAUCUGUUUUAAGUUGGUGUUGCUUCCAGCAACAGGGGGGAAGGCUCACCAUGUCUCGCCGCGAUGGUGGUACCGGCCCUUCCCAGGAAGGCUGUUCACGGAGCGCACUUGAUGGGUGGGAGAUGGGAGCUUUUACUCGUUCUGCAUUUGUUGUGAAAAAAAUGAAUAAUGCCCAGCCAAACUGGCUGAGAGUUGGCUUGGCAUUUAGCACCAGCGCUGCCUUGUGGGCUUUUCUUAUCAAGCAGCAUAAUGAAGAUGUAAUGGAAUACGAAAGAAGAAACAAGAGAGGACAUAAGUGUACAGGAUGUUCAUAGCUGAUGACAUGGUCACAAAGAGAUUGCACUACAGAGCAAAGUGUAUGUGAUUGUUGUCCUACAAAUAAAUGAGCACAGAGAAGUAAAAAGUUACCUAAUUACUUGUAUGUUCAUACAUUUCAUUUGCAUAAUUAAAAAUAAAUUAUAAAGUCUAGAUGAAACCUGA